CGCUGCAGCUGCCCACCCCACCGGUCAGCGCGUUCGGAGGAACCGCCCCCGCAACAGAUAGAACGUGCAGCUCCCCAAUCCCCGCCAGGCAACGCUGGCAACUCGGGCUGGCCCGCCGAAGCAGAAAAGGUUAUUGCGCCUGCGCAAGAAGGGAGGUUCCGGGAGAGACGGCGCGUGCUGGAACUGUUGUCAGCGGGCAACGCGCAUGCGUCAGCGAGACGGCUAAAGGGACUCGGUUUGGCGAGAGCCUAUGAGGCGCUUUUGUGGCGGCGGCGCAGGGGGAGGCGCCUGAUUUGAACGGGCCGGCGGCGGGGUCGGGGACUGCGGGCGCCGCCUGUCUGCGCCAUGGCCAAGCAGCAGAGCCGGGAGCAGGGCAUCACCCUGCGGGGCAGCGCCGAGAUCGUCGCCGAGUUCUUCUCUUAUGGCAUCAACAGCAUUUUAUAUCAGCGUGGGAUCUAUCCCUCGGAGACCUUCACACGUGUGCAGAAAUACGGGCUCACUCUGCUGGUAACUACAGAUCCUGAACUUAAAAACUACCUGAACAACGUGGUAGAACAGCUAAAAGACUGGUUAUGCAAGUGUUUAGUACAGAGGCUGGUGGUGGUAAUCUCUAGUAUUGAAAGCGGUGAUGUUCUUGAAAGGUGGCAGUUUGACAUUGAAUGUGACAAGACUGCAAAGGAUGAGAGUGUACCAAGAGAGAAAUCUCAGAAAGCUAUCCAGGAGGAAAUUCGAUCUGUUAUCAGACAAAUAACAGCCACAGUAACAUUUCUGCCUUUGUUGGAAACAUCCUGUGCCUUUGACUUACUCAUUUACACAGACAAAGAUUUGGCAGUGCCAGAAAAAUGGGAAGAGUCAGGACCACAGUUUAUUGCCAACUCUGAAGAGGUCCGUCUUCGUUCCUUCACUACCACCAUUCACAAAGUAAAUAGCAUGGUGGCCUACAAAAAGGAUUCUUUUCCUUGACGGAAUGAAUAAUGUGGUCAGUGUCCAUAAACUGCCUUCUUGUAAAGCUGACACUAUGAACUGUAGUUUCAUCCUGAACAGUAUUUUGUGUGGGUGUUUUUUUUCUGUAUCUCUUACUGGAGUUUGGAUCAAAAUAAUAACAAAAAAAAAAAGCAGUUCUCUUGUUCACGUCACGCUAUGCUGCGCUGAGUCCUUGUUGAUCUAUUAUCGUCACUCUAAUGAGACACAAAGGAUCUACUUAAGACACUGCCAUAUUUUCUUCUUAUACUGAACAGUAUGCCAAAUCCAUUCUAUAUUGGAGCACCAAAAGCAAUAUCAAACACUUAACCCCUCUAAAACCUGGCUUAGAAAGAAUGCCUAGAGAUAAUACAUUUACGAUUGCUCUGGAAUACUCUUUAAAUGGCAAUUGUUACCUAAUCUUCAGUAUGAUCUCAUAACGAAUACAUAUGAGGUGCACACUAAAAGACUUCUAGAAAUAUACUGUUAUGCUAAAAAAAAAUGGUUCUGACAAAUCGGGGUUGUUCUUGAUCGCAAUUUAGGUGGAUAGUGAUGUUAAUGAAGAUGAUCCUGGGCUUAAUCCACUACUGAAGUCUCCUCUGUUCCUCCCACCUCUCUGCUCUAGGGCAGAAAUUAUAAAAUCAGUCCUUUCCGCUGUGUAAUGAAAGGUCUGGAUAUAAUGAAUGAUUGAUUUGUACUCUGACCUAUACCUAAAAUCUUUGUAUCAUUUUACUCUGUAGGUAACGUUUUCUUGUUAAUAUUUGUCUUAUUUUGUAUUCAUGUUUUAUAGAAUAAAGCUCUAAAACCUUUAAUGAAAA